GAGUUGUUUCGUUUGGUCGCGUCGGUCGAAGGAGUCGGUUGUUCGUUUUCGUGCGCUUAAGUAACGGUAAGCGCGAAUGCCAUCGCCUGUUUUACUGUUAUUUUAACUCGGGACGUCCAUGCGUGCCUGCCCCCCUGCCUCCCUGCGCUCUCCUGUCUCUGUAUAUGUGUGGGAGACAAACAAAUAGCAAAACGAGAAGGAAAACCGUAGCGAGAAUUCCGCAAAAAGGGGGGUGGCGAACAUCCUGUUUUUCUGCGCCCGCUGCCAGAGUAACCACCCCCUCUCAGGGACGACAACAACAAAGUGGACUUGAGUGUAAAAGCGAAAAAAGGAAAUAAAUAUACGUACGAACCGUUAACUGCGCCAUUUGUACUUCGCAACAACAAAUGGAAGAAUUGAAAUCAUAACUAUAAAACUGUGUGUAUGUGUGUGACGGAGAGCACAAAAUCAACAACAAAAGCCGUAGUGAAGCGGAUUGUUAAUAAAAAAAGGUCGGCGCCUGUAAAAGAAAAGCCAAUCAAAGGAUGUAAUAUUAAAAGUUAGGCAAAGUGAAGAAGAGCAAAUCAAAAAGAAAGACGAUAAAAAAGCAUUGAAUUGGACUCUAAAGCAACAACUUGAAACCGUUUAACGAUGCCUAAUACGCGUUUAUAAUCCGCCAUCAAUCCAUCAAAACAUGCUGGAAAAUCAGUUGGGAAUUAUAUGAAUUCCUCCCAUUGUUGGAUUGCAUCAUUCGUCGAGGGCGUGGCUUAGCAUUAAAUGUAAUGUGCAGCUGUCAAGCAGGACCUUUCAUCAUUCACACAUCAUCAUCAUCAUCAUCCGAGCCAUCUUCUCCAGGCCCAAUAGCACAAUGUCCACAACAGCAGCUGGACUAAAGUCGGCAUCCAAAGGAGCCUACGGCGUCGGGACGGAGACGGAUCACAUCAUAACCAUCAGCACUGCCAGCUUGACGGAGUCGCACAGCGAAAAUCCCGCAAAGGGAGUAGUCUCUCCGGUCAGAAAACCCCAUUCCCUGGGAAGUGAUCCCCAUUCUACAGAAAACACUAUUCUCGGUGACCAGGGGAACGGUGAGCCAAAUAAGAAACCCCUCCACUUGUGCCGGCUGUCGCAGUUGGUAAGCUACCAAAGUAACAUCGCUGAUGUCCAGCAUCGGAAGGGUAGACGCCUCCACGGAUUGCAGCUGCCACUGCAUCCUCUCCAGCUUUUUGGCUGGCUGGUGCUCCUUCUGUUUGGAGUGGCUAGCUACUGGGUCCUCAUUCCGGCCUUUCAUGCCCGCAUCCAAGGACCACUCUACGGUCUGAUCACCGGGCUCUAUCUGGUGCACAUUGCCUCUCAUCUGACGGCCUUACUCACAGAUCCUGCGGACAAGGAGCUGCGGCGAGUGCAUCGCAACGAUCGGAUUGUCCCGGAGUUUGACCGGUCGAAGCACAGUCACGUGAUAGAAAACGGAAGGUGCCAUCUGUGCAACAUCCGAACCUCCUCCAGCCGCACCAAGCACUGCUCCGUGUGCAACAAGUGCGUGGGCAAGUUUGAUCACCACUGCAAGUGGCUGAACCACUGCAUCGGAUCGCGUAACUAUGUGGCCUUUCUGAUGUGCGUGGUCAGCGCUGUGGUGGCCACCCUGGUCAUCGUGGCCGCCGUGGUGGCCCAAAUCGUCUUCUACUACGUCCAGCCCGAGUGGUUGAGCUUUUACUGGUGCCCCACGGAGUCGAGCCACCCAAUCGAAAGCGGCGACUACAUAAACAUCACCCUGAGCCUGGGCAACAGCACCAUGAUGCUAAUAGAGCAGCACCCUUCGGAGGAGGACGAGCAUCAGGAAACCUGGGACGAGGAGAAGGAAAAUAUGACCAUCUCAACACUGCCCACCCUUCUGGAGAAUUUUACAGCUCUCAUAGAAGCAAGCACAACGCAGCCUGGGAUUAGCCCCACUAAUCACACCCUAUCGCAGCCAGUAGUGGCCGGAAUCGGAUUCAACGAAACCAUUUUCCUUUUUCUUCUGGGAGUUCUGGGACUGCUUGCCGCCGUGAGUGCGGGAUUGCUGCUCCACCUGUGCUUCUUUCACAUUUACAUCUCGUUCCUGGGACUGACCACCUAUGAAUACAUAAGGAAUCACCGUCAGGCCCAGGAUGCCAAGAGCAAGCAGCUCCUGGAGGGAGCUCACAGCGUAGGAGCGCCCAAAAAUGGAAACGUACACUUCUCGGCUUCGUUGCCCGAGCCACAUAAUCCGUCCAAGUCCUUACCAGGAGGUCAGCAGCUCUACUGCUGUUCCAGUGCCCCACAUCCCAGCCAGCACUCCCAGGAAUCGGUUGGUCAGACGGAGCAAUCCCUGCGGUUGCACUGCUGUGCCAGCUCCAGGGAGUUUCACCAGAGCGGGCAGGCCAUCUACGUUUGCUCGAUGCUGGAGGAGGAAGUUCCGCAAGUCCAGGUUGAGCCGGAUACGCUGAGUAGCUUCCACUGUUGCUCUAGCUUUGCCGCUAGUUCCCUGCAGCGCAGGGUCAGCUUGGCCAAAGGAUCGCUGAUCUCAGCCGAGCCGCGUCACCUGAGACCAGCGACGUAUCUGCAGUACACCGAGCAGUGUACCCUCUGCACUUUCCGUCUUAGAAGAGGAUCAGGACCAGGGACAGGAUCUUCAGGAGCUGUGAGCAGCGCCGGCGGAAGUAGUAGCACUCGCACACUGACCAGUCAAACAGGCGGCUCCUCCGCCUCGGCCACAGCAGCCGGAAAUAUCUCAAAGCAUCAGCGGUGGCGCAGGAAAUGGAAUUGCUGCGCCGCGGUUCCCGAUAGCCCCGACUUGCCCAAUGACCUCCUCGCUGCCCUAACGUUCCGCGAAAGCGAGGAAGCAGCAGCAGCAGCCAAGCUAAACACCCAGGAGCUGCCUAUCCAGUUUAUACGCACGCUAAACGGCGGCUUGGAUCAGGAGCUCCCUCUGAAGGCGACAACAGCCACUCCCACGCCACCGAGAAGUUCCCGUCUGCGCUACAUGCUGCGUCUACUGGGACGCUAUCGAAGGCCACGCUGUCGCCAUGGGCCCCACCAUGGAAUCGCUGCCAAAGAGCACCACAAUAUCGGUGGCUCUGCCAUCAAACAAAAUCAAAUACGUCCGCUGCAACUGCAGGCAGCCGGGCGUGGCUAUGCCAAUUCCACAGCCACGCCAACGCCGCCCGCAAGCUCGCCAAGCAGAAGUUCCUUGGAGAGCAGCGAUCUGAGCACCAGCACGAGUCCUUCGUGCGGCAACAAGGAGCUGAUGCUGCUGCCCACAUCCGUGAUAAGGGACGACAGCGUGACCACCUACACGCUGACCUUGCCGCCUGCCCUGCCACCGCCAACGAGGAGAAAAAUGCACCAGACCUCCCAGGAGCUGGCGGAGUUGGCAGAGACCUUGGGGUUCGCCAGCAACUUGCAGCACAGUCAACAUAGCAGCCAGACCAACAGUCGAACGCUGCCCAGUUUCGGGAAUGUCUACCGCCGGCAGAGGCGGAAGCACUUCUUGCGGACACGAUCUCCCACACUGUCGCCCAUCCACGAGUCCGGCCUUUCGAAUCCAACCUCGCCGCAGCCCCUGAGGCACCACCACCAGAAUUUAUCCAACUCGAACUCCAAUCCGGCCAAAGCCAUGUCCUCGCCUAUUCUCAAUCGCAGCUCAGGAUCUGCGAACUCCUCGGCACUUCUAGUCCAGAACCUGUGCAGUUUAGCAGGCGAAACGCUGAGGAAGACCGCGUCCAACAGUUCGCUGCAGAGCCUCAGCUCCAAUUCGAGCAGCACCUAGAAACGAGUGUGUGUUUCUCGUAGUUCUUAGGUUAGCUUUAGUCCCCCCUAGGCCAUAGUCCCCCGCAACCCAAGCAGUUCUGUUGGAGUUGCGGAAAUCAAUUAAUCCGCACAUAAGCGUUGAAAGUCAUAACUAAAAUCAAUUACGCACGAGGAGAGUGGGUGAGGGAGUGGAUUGGGUGGUUAACUGUCGGGGCCAGUGAAGGAAAUUGCCUUUGAUGCGAUGCGGUUUCAUUGCCAAACUUAAUUACCGCUUUUGGUCAAAGUUCCUUUGUUUGAGUUUUUCGAUUGCAUAUUUGGUUUAUUAAGAGUCUGGUGUGGAAAGGUAAUACAACACAUGGGAUUUAUUGCCGAGACAGAAUAUUAAGUGGUCUAUCACGUAGCAAAGUUAUUAGUUGAUAUCCGGAUUUAUUUAUACAGUUUAACUUUAAUAGUUACUUGCAAAUGUAGGGAUAGUCUUUUAAGAAGGUUAAUCAUAGUCCCUCGCUGCUUAGUCAAAUGAAAAUUGGAACAUUUCUAGAACUUCCAACCUAAUUUUAGUUCCAAACUUAAAUCAUUAUUUUAUGUCAUCUUUAAGAAAAUCAACAGACUAUUCUUUUUCCAUUAAAGUUGCUUCAUUAACAUAUUUUCUCACAAACCUUAAUUAGAGUUUUAGACCAGCGGUUUUUAGAAAGACAUUUUAUAUACAUAUUUCUCGAAAGCUCCUGUUUGGCCAACUGAAUCCCUUUUGAUGACAUUUGACUCAAACUAAACAUGUAUUUCGCAUCCUUUGAAUGACUUUGCAGUUGAGUUGAUGAAAUAUGCAACAGAAUGUGCUCGAGAGUUCGAGCUGGGUGACUCUACUCAUUUUCCGCCCCACCCCUUUGCUGGUAUUGAUUUUCAUUUUGGAAAACGUGCAGGCGAAGGCGUCGGCUUAUUACGUAUUGUAUCUGCAGCUGAAGCUUCGUUCUGUAUCUGAAUCCGCGUAGCCGUGUAUCUGCCAAACAGAUGGAAAAGGGACGAGGGCGAGGACACAACUGCAGCAUGUUGCCAAAUUGUUACGCAAAUGUUUUCAUUCGAUCUCAAUUCAAGUGCAGAGAAAACCCCAGCCAAAAAACCGACGAUGGCAAUUGUCUACUUGUUCUACUUGAUUUUGACGACUGUCGCUCGGCCCAUUAAAUAUUCCGAGGCUGAAUAAUUAAAGCGACGCAAGUCAGGAAAACAAGACACGGGACAGGAUUGAACAGGAACCCGGGAAAUGGAAUCGCGUCAAAAGCGGCAUUGGAUGAGUGCAUGAGCCCAUCCUCCUCAGUUGUCAGUCGGACUGCUAACUGCUAACUGCUAUCAGGGCUUAAAAGCAGGGAUAGACAGACAGUCGUAACGACUACGCACAUGACACUCUGGGAUUCAGGUGGUGCUCCUCCUCUUUAUUGCGCCAGACAGUCGCAUGGUUCUUGUUAUUGAAACUGACAGCGGGAAAAGUCCAUUUUUAACCGGCUGAAGCCGAGCAGGUGGGAGUGGCAGUGGAUUCAGAUAGAUGGAUUGCUAGGAAAAGAUUCGCUUUGAGUGCAAAACGUGCGCAUUGAGUUGGAGGUCGAGCUUCAGUGCGCUUAGUGUUCUUGUCUAGUGACCAUUCUGGAUCAAUAUGUUACCCUUAAUCCAAACUUUCAGUUUUUUGUUCCUUUUUUGGAACCAAUUUCAUAUACAUUCGCUAAUUGCCUACUUAGCUAUCCAAAAAUGUUGUAAAUAAGUCAACAGGCAAUUCUGUGUCUUCGGCACGCAAUUCCCAAGUAACAAAUUACUUUUAUUCCACGCAAACUUAAACUUUGGUGAACUUUCUUAAACUGGCAAGCAGUGCUGUGACCUUUCAAUAUAUUCAAGACACUAAAGUAAUAGUAAUAAACUGAAUUUGUCCCGAUAUCCGAGGCGCUCUUCAUAGUGUUGUUUCCAAUUAACGAAUUUGAGUUGUGUCCGCCUGUCGGCGGAAUGCAGUCAAAUAAAUGGGUUGGCUCACCUGCAAAUGUUGAUGCCUCACGGAGGUAUCCUUACAUGGAUUCGGGUGAUGAGGGAUAGAAGCUAGGAGGGUGUCAUUGAGCCCGAAUCCAAAGGAAGGCUCGACUUCCAGCGGCUGACAUGCAUUUUGCAGGUGGCUUCGGUCUAUUCGUUUUCAGUGACAAGAGACAAGGGACAGACGCUUGGCAAAUGACUCAAAAUAACAUAAUGCAGCGACUGUAAGUGGAUUUUCAAUGCACAGACAGUUGGAGCAACAAUUUUGCUAUCUUUUCCAUUUCCCCCGUUUAUUUCCGCAAGCAAAACCCUCUGCAUACUUUUCAGGGAGCUCUGUGUGUGCUUGUGUGCGAAAAUUUUAAAUUUGAUGGCACUUGGCGAUACCAUUCGCCAAUUCGAAACGGCUUUAAAGGGUAUAUGCUGGUGAUAUAUACCGGAUAUUUAUUUUUAUAAAAAUAUAUUCGACUUUAAUUGCCUGUUCGUGUCCUGCCCCCAAGCCUCUGGCUAUUACCACGCCCCCAAAAGUGGCAGCGCGGACUGCCAGGCAACACCCUCGAACUUUCGGUUCGGCUUCAGUUUGGUUUCAGUUUGGCUCCCGGUGGUGAAGUUUGUUUACGAGACAUAAAGCAGAAGUAUGCAUAUUCUCGGUAAAUUGGGGGCGGGGCUGCUCCCACUUGACUGACUUUCCCUAUGGCAACGAAUGCAAUGCUCCUGCUGCUUUGGUUGUAGUUGUCGUCCUGGUGAUGGCCGUGCAUCAAUUAUAAAACAUUCUCUGCCAUCCGAGUCUAUGCUUUUCUGACAUGCAAGCCGAAAACGUUCUUAAUUUCUGGCAGACAGCAGGGAAAACACUGGAAAUUAAAUUGGAUUUAAUUAAUAAGUUAUUUUGUGUUAAUACUUAAUGAUUUUCUUUGUUUACGCCAUUUUACGUUAUAAUUAACCUGUAUAUAAUUUUAAACCGAGAUAACUUUAUAAAAUGCAUUACUUCAAGGGCCAUUUGUUCAAGUGUAAGAGCAACACCUUCCCUGAAAAGUGGCCUUACUUCUUGGUUGGCUGUAGGACAAACGAAUCAUGAUUGAUUGGGCCUGAAUUGGGUGCGAAGGCUCACCAGGACAGACAGUUGCUCCUCCUCCCCCUGCUUACCAUUUCCUUACUGCUAUUAGCAAUGGUAGUUAGGUUGGCUCCAACUCCAAGCCCACUUGGCCCACACACUCCCUUUGUUUCGCCUUGUGCCCUGGAAUGACAUUUUCAGCUGCUUUGCUUUUCCCUUUUCGUUGGUUCAACGAACUUCUCUCCUGGCUCCUUUUCUCUCGGCUCUUUUGUGGAAUUAUCAGCCAGGUGGAAUAUUCAGGACAUAACGUGGUACAUUGGUAGGACAUAGGUGUAUCCGACCGCUCUGCAGACCCGUCUAAUAUGCUUUUCAAUUUGGUUAAUGACUUUUUGUAUCCCUUCUGGAUUUCAUUUCCAUCUGUAACCUAAGCUUAAACAAAUUAUCAAAGAGAACAGACAAACAAAAACAUAAAAAAGAAAUGUUUAUGAGACUGGAGUGGGGAAAAGAAUGUACGAAAACAAAUGAAAGAUUGAAGAGUAAAACAAUAAUUAUAAUAAUUUAGCCAGGCCAAUUAAGCACGAUUAUGAAAAACAUAUAUAUUUUGAUAAAAUGUGCAGGGUGCAGGAAAUAAGCGAGGAUUAUAGCCCCAGAAAGUACGCUAUAAAUGAUGUGACUAUGCUUUGUACCAUAAACGAAAAAUAAAAAUUGUUCAAUUGAAAAUAA